AUGUUGGCCAGCAGGGGAAAGGAGGCAGAGAAGAUGGAGCGGUGGCCGUUGGUGGACGGCCACGUCGACCGACAAACAUUCUUCCAUAAAUUAUCCUGCGAAGCGAGCGAACUGAGCUCCGUGGAGGUGCAAGCGGCAGAGCGGAGAGCAACUCCGUCAAGCCUCGUCAGGAUGUGUGUCCGGAGAAUGUUCAAGUGGGGAUUUGACCGAGAAAUGUUAAUUUCUGUUGAUUGA